CGGCUCGUUUUGCACCUCUUGGAGGGAACCAGCUUCCCAGGCCGAGAGGAGAGGGGGCUCGGCUUCGGGCGGGUGAGGGGCGUGACAUGUCGCUCGAAGAUCCGUUUUUUGUAGUCCAAGGCGAGGUGCAGAAGGCGGUGAACACGGCCCGCGGGCUUUACCAGCGGUGGUGCGAGCUUCUGCAUGAGGGCGCGGCGGUCGGACGCGAGGAGCUGGACUGGACGACCAAUAAGCUGCGGAAUGGCCUGCGCAGCAUCGAGUGGGACCUCGAGGACCUGGAGGAGACCAUCGGCAUAGUGGAAGCCAACCCAGGCAAGUUCAAGCUCCCAGCCGGAGACCUGCAGGAGAGAAAGGUGUUUGUGGAGAGGAUGCGGGAAGCAGUCCAGGAAAUGAAGGACCAUAUGGUCAGCCCCGCAGCCAUAGCCUUCAUGGAGAGGAAUAAUAGAGAGACGCUGACAGGCAAGCCAGCCACCCUGAAGUCAUCCAGCGACUUGCUGGAUGCCAGUGUGGUCUCAACCACCUCUCGCUACAUUGAAGAGCAGCAGGCCACACAGCAGCUGAUCAUGGACCAGCAGGACCAACAGCUGGAAAUGGUGUCUGGGAGUAUCCAGGUUCUGAAACACAUGUCUGGCCGCGUCGGGGAGGAGCUAAAUGAGCAGGGCAUUAUGCUGGACACCUUUGUUCAUGAGAUGGACCACACCCAGUCCUGGAUGGAUGGGAUCCUCAGGAAGAUGGCCAAAGUAUCCCACAUGACCAGUGACCGCCGACAGUGGUGUGCCAUUGUGUUGCUGCUGGGGGUGCUUCUCCUGGCCCUCAUCCUGUUCUUCUCUCUCUGAUCCUAGUCCUCCCCAGGAAGCUGGUCCCUCCAGCUGGGGGGGCCAGCAGAGCCUUGCCCCCUGGGAGGAGGGGGAUCAUGCCUGGGGAGCUGUCCCAAGGCUUCAUCCAGAGCCAGUAGGACCCUCAUGGCCCUGGUUGGGAGCCCCUACCACUGGUUCUGUCUCAAGUGCGCUUAGGGGGUGGUGGAGGUAGGGGGACCUCAGACACGCCCCUCCCCAUCUCUCCUUCCCGUGCCCCAAAGCCAUUGCUUUGCCCGUGUGCCUUCUACAUGUGUCAACUUGGAAAUAAAAUCCUAGCCUUUGUUAUAU